GAAGCACCGCGUAAGGGCUGCAGGCUUUGCGAGGCGAGGCAAAGGCACGGGGUGUAGGACCUGCGAGAAGCCAAAGAUGAACUAUAAGAAAGGCCUGUGGUCGCCUGACGAGGAUCGAAGACUGAGAGACUACAUCCUCAAGCAUGGUCUCAGCUGCUGGAGUGCAGUUCCUGGCAGCGCCGGCCUGCAACGAAAUGGGAAGAGCUGCAGACUGAGGUGGAUCAAUUACCUGCGGCCAGGCUUGAAGCGUGGGAACUUUUCUCCAGAAGAGGAGGAAACCGUCAUCAACCUUCAAGCCAAGUUGGGGAACAGGUGGUCACAAAUAGCAAUGCAUCUCCCUGGAAGAACUGAUAAUGAAGUCAAGAACUACUGGAAUUCAUAUCUCAAAAAGAGAGUUACCAAGGCUCAGAAUUCAGAUCCUCAUGCCUCUGCAACCUCCUCCUCGGACUGCACCAACCAAGGCCCGGUCAAACAUGAAGAAGAACCAAAUAGCCAGAUGAUUUCACCUGCAACGCAUGUGGACAUUGGAGGUUUCUCUCCAAAGUUGACUGCUUUAAAUGGCUUGCCUAGGGUUCUGUUUGGAGAUUGUCUCCAGGCUAAUGGUGGUGAUAGCUUGCAUGACCGGGGGGAGGUGAUGACCAACCCAUGGCACAACACCAAUCCACAUGGAGAGGCGUCUGGGCAAGCUACUGAUGGCACCACAAAUGGAUAUGCUGGUGCUUGCAUGAAUGGGGAGAUGCAAGCACAACCCGAAGCUUUGCUCCAGAAUCAAGAAAAUGGAUUCUUUGAUAUCUUAUUCCCUGGCUUGGUCUAUGAUGGAAUGGACUUCUGUGACAGGGAGUUUUAGUUAGGGUUGGGAGGUAGGAGGAAUACUUUGGUUUGUGUAACAUCUGCAAUAAUUCCAAUUUGUUCUUGUGCA